AUGUUUUAAAUUUCAUAGUAAAGCGAGCUAGGAGACGUCUGCUCUGGUCAAAAUUUUGGAAAGAUGGUCGUAAUUGCAUUUUACGCUGACUGGAAUGAGCAUUCGUUGAAUUAUAUUGACCAAUUAGAAAGUUUAAUUGACAUUAGUCCUUUUCCAGAUGUAGUUUUUGCUAAAUGUGAUGCAGAAAAAGUACCUCAAGUUGCAGAUAAAUUCCAAGUAACUUGUAUUCCUACAGUCAUAGUCACUGAAACAAGAAGGCAAUUGAUUUAAAAGUUUGAAAAUGUUGCUCCUGCUUUACUUAUUGAAGAAUUAACAACAGCAAAUGAAUAAUUCAAAAUAAAUUUCGAAGAUGAAAGAAAGAAAAUGUAUGCUAAAAUAGAUGGUUUGCUUAGUAAACCUGGAAUUAUUGCUUUUAUUACUGGUACACCAAAUGAACCUGAGUGUGGAUUUACUCGUUAGCUCGUGGAAGUGUUCCAAAAUCUAUAAGUUAGAUUCGAUUACUACAACACUGAAGCAGACAUGGCUAUGCUUUAAUUUAUUCGCCAUUAUUCGAAGUGGCCAACAUUCCCUCAAGUUUUCUUUAAUGGAAAAUUAAUAGGCGGUUUAGAUGUUGUAAGAGAACACAUUGCAAAGGGUACACUUGAAAUUCCUCCUGAAAGUAGAAUUUCUAAUCCAGAAACUAGAUUGGAAAACAUACUAAACGAAAAUAAGGCUAUACUCUUUUUAGAAGGCAAGCCAAAUGAAGAAAAUCAUAAUCAAGAAAGUAAAAAAGCAGUUGAACUUCUUUAAUAAACAGGGAUUAAAUUUACUACUUUUGAUUUAACAAUCGAUUCUCAUUUAAAAGAAUACCUUUAAAAUAAAUAUUCUAAAUAGCUCCCUGUUUUCUUUGCUAAUUCUAACUUUGUUGGUAAUCUUACUACACUUUAAGAGCUCUCAGCAAAAGGUGAUCUCUUGCAAACAGUGCCUGGAAAUUUAUGGGUUCUUAAUGGAGAAUAAAAAAUAAACUACCUAUUGAAAAGAUGUGAAAUCCUUGUUUUUAUUAACGGAAUUCCCAAAGACACAAAAACCAAAGAGUCUCAACAGAUAAUUCAUUUGUUAGAAAGCAAGUAAAAGCGUUAUGAUUUUUACAAUGUUGAUGCUGAUGCUGAAGUUGAAGAAGCAUUGAAGAAAAUAACUGGAAAGGAAACAAUUCCUUUGAUUUACGAACACUAAAAGCUUAUUGGAGAUUUAGAAAGCGCUGAAAAGCACUUUUCUUGA